GCCAGACAGAAUAGCUGAAAUGCAACCAGCUAACGCAGACUCGUCCAGAGUCUUUGAUUUCUGAGUUAAUUUAAACUUGAGAAAGCGCAUCUGCCGAACGCUUCAUCAACGUGUACCGAGGUCAACUCUGGACUGGACCAUCAGCACACCUUCGUCUUCUCUGCCAGCCAAGGUGUGACCUGGAUAAACAUCCUCUGAGGUCCGGAUCUAAAAGAGGGUCCUGAGUAUGGAAAGAGCAUCAGAUGCAAUCACACUGUGUUCUACCUCACCCUUUGGAGACCCUCUUCACGGAUCUGGAGGUCAUCGAGGUCGGAUGACCUCUUAGCACCCAGGUCCAGCAGAUUGACCACAGCGCCGACUUCUCCAGUCCAGAGAUGUCACCAGGCACACAGGUUGGAUGGAACCGUUUGCGUCUAGACUCUUAAGGAGUCGGAACAAAAUCAGAUUUGUUCUGCAGGAACCGUUUGCUGUGUCAGCUCUGCAACAACCUUGACGGCGUGUCAAGGCUGCCUCUUAGUUAAAGAGACUUCACCUCGGACGGCCGUUUCCGUAGCUUCCUCUAGAACUGAAUGCUGAGUGAUGAGAGCUGGAAUGUGACUCCAACGUGAACUGGAACGAACUGCUACUGCAACAGCCGAAUCACCAGAGUGAUUCUGUUUUAAUAUUCUCAUUGUGUUGCAGGCCCCCUUCACGCCCCCUCCAACCCUCUGUUUGAAAAGUAAUCACCUCAUCAUGUCAUGGAAUUAAAUUCUACAUUUCAAAGCGGUUGUCCAUUAUGACAUAACAUCCAUCAGCUGACAGACCUCCGAGGCACUCCUCCUCACAAACUGCUACAUCGUCUUGUGAAGCGGGAUUUUACAGUGAGGAUGAUGAGAGGAGAUAGUGUGUAGGCAUCAUUAGUUUGUUAUCGGCUGCCUGGUGGAGACGGAGACAUCCGUGUGAAGGUGUGAGGACAGACCUCGUCUAACAGUGUUUCCCAUGAGACCUGCCUCCUCGACCACGUGCUGGAGAUUAUUAUGAAUGAGAAGCCACCCAACAGCGCCAGUCUUUUCCUGAACGAGGACGUGGACAAACCCCAGCUGCCCGACAAAGGAGACUUAAGGAGGCGCCUCCACAGAGCCAUGGAGAGGAGAGCCAGCAUCAUGACUGAGAGGAUCAGCUCCAUCAGCCGGAAAAGCCUCAAAGUGUUCAUCAAGAGGAACCUGUUUGUUCUGCUCACCAUCGUUGCAGUGGCUCUGGGUGUGAUUCUGGGCUUUGCUUUACGUCCUCACAACCUGUCCCUGAGGGAGAUCAAGUACUUUGCGUUUCCUGGAGAACUCCUGAUGAGAAUGCUGCAGAUGCUGGUGCUGCCUCUCAUCGUCUCCAGUCUGGUCACAGGUAUUUCCUCAUUGGACAGCAAAGCUUCAGGUAAGAUGGGUGCGCGUGCGGUGGUCUACUACAUGGUGACCACCCUGAUCGCAGUGUUUAUCGGAAUCGUGAUUGUCAUCAUCAUCCGGCCGGGGAAAGGAAGCCGGGACAGUCCGGUGGUCAGCAGUGGAACCAUCGAACCAGUCCAGGCUGUGGAUGCUUUUCUGGACCUCAUCAGGAACAUGUUUCCUCCCAAUCUGGUAGAAGCAUGCUUCAAGCAGUAUAAAACGGUGUACAAGAAGACUGUUCACACUCGGAACAUUACCCUGACUCUGAACCUCACUGACUCUUUAAACAUCACAGAGUCUAACCUGAGUGGAAACAUCAGCAGAGUGCUUCAAACCAUCCAGGAGAUGGUUGAAGAAACUGUCCCUGUGUCUGGUUCCUCUGGCGGGGUAAACGCUCUGGGUCUGGUGGUCUUCUCCAUGUGUUUUGGCCUGGUCAUCGGUAACAUGAAGCAGCAGGGCCAGGCUCUCAGGGACUUCUUUGAUUGCCUGAAUGAAGCCAUCAUGAGGCUGGUAGCAAUCAUCAUCUGGUAUGCUCCAGUGGGAAUCCUGUUUCUGAUUGCAGGGAAGAUUGUAGAGAUGAAGGAUCUGGCAGAAGUGGGUGGUCAAUUAGGGAUGUAUACUGUAUCUGUCAUUGUGGGCCUUCUGAUCCAUGGACUCUUGGUCCUGCCAUUGCUCUACUUUCUGGUGACACGAAAGAACCCCUACAGCUUCAUUGGCAGCUUGCUGCAGGCGCUCAUCACUGCUUUGGGAACAUCCUCCAGUUCUGCUACCCUGCCCAUCACUUUCCGAUGUCUUGAAGAAAACAAUCACGUGGACAAACGAGUGACACGUUUUGUCCUUCCCGUGGGUGCCACCAUAAACAUGGAUGGCACCGCCCUCUACGAAGCAGUGGCGGCCAUCUUUAUCGCUCAAGUCAAUGACAUGGACCUGAACUUUGGGCAGAUUCUCACCAUCAGUAUCACAGCAACUGCUGCCAGCAUCGGAGCAGCAGGCAUUCCUCAGGCCGGCCUGGUUACCAUGGUGAUCGUAUUGACAUCGGUGGGACUGCCCACAGAGGACAUCACACUGAUCAUCGCCGUGGAUUGGUUCUUGGACCGUUUGCGCACCACCACCAACGUGCUGGGUGACUCACUCGGAGCCGGAAUCGUGGAGCACCUUUCUCGUGGAGAGCUGCAGAGUCAAGACGCUGAGGUUAAGAAUUCCGUGAUUGAGGAGAACGAGAAGCCCUACCAGCUGAUCUGCCAGGAGAAUGACUCAUUCAACCACCUCAACAGUGAGACCACAAUGUGAAAAGAUCCAACCCUUCAGUUCCAUGAACCUUUGAGUUCUUUGUUUAAAGGUGUGGUUCACUCAUUUAUUCAAUACAUUUGUAUUGGUCUCUAGUAGAAAUGAAUGUUAUUGUACUCUGAGUACAAAAAACCCUGGUGCACCUGUUUUAGGAUCUAGAAGAUCGCCAGGCCAGAGGAGGGCUUCAGACGGCAGGAUUUGGAUUCUUAUUUCCUGAUAUUUGGACAUCUCACCUCUGAUUGGGUAACAGCAACCUGAUUGUUUGCUUUGCAACAUUAAUCUCCACAAAUAACACAAGCCUGAAGGAGCUCUGCAGUGUGGUGGAGUUACUAAUGCUAACAGUUAGCUUCUACUAGCUGAGACGUUCUCUGCUGUUUCCUGGACGCUAAACCAACAACAGCCUUCCCCAUCGUGAGCCAAGAUGGGUGAGUCCAUGAAUGUUAGCUAUUACUGUUAUUUCUAUUUUCUAUCAGAAGCUAAUGCAGGAGAUAGGUGUAGGAGACUAUUUUCACGUUCAGCCUGCAUGAAAACUCAGAGUGACCAAUUAAAAUCAGAAAUAAUUAAAAAAAAAUUCAGUGAACCACACCUUUAAAUUUAAUCUUGCAUAGUUUUAAUGUAGUGAAAGAUUUGCACAUCAGUGCAAAAAAAAAACAGUAUUAUGACAAGAAAAGUCAUAAAAAGAGUGUCAAUAGUUCUGCUCAUCACCUUUACCCAUCUUCAGUUGUUUUACCAGCAGACACCUAUUUGGGUUUCAACGCCAUGACUACCUCUUUAUCAGAAGUUUUAGGCCACUCAAAAUUUAAAUACAGGAGUUUCAGAGCAACAGAAACGCACAAAAUCAGAAGGCUGUCAGCCUAUCAGUGCUUUUCAUUAUUGUUUAUUUAUUUAAUUUAUUUUUACCUUGUGUUAUUAAGGUUCCCUGACAUGAUGUAACUGCUGAAGACUUUGAAUGUAUUUGACUGGUAAACAUUGGAAUUGUUAAAGUAAAUAAUGUUUGAGUUUGAUGUAAUUUUAGUGGCUUUAGAGAGUGGUCCUCACUCUGUGCUCUCUCAUAGAUAUGUGUGAGAUGUCAAAAUUAUGUGGUGCUAUUAUCUUUAAUAUUUGACCCGUUUUUUUAUGUGUGAUACUGCAGCAAACAAUUGCAGCUCAACACUGUGGUUAGCUUCAUUUUCAUGUCAUAUUAUUUAAAGAAAUUGUCAUUUUUAUUUAGUUUUAUUAAAAAAAGUGAAUUAACAAUUCUCUAAAGUUUUGUGGGAAGGUAGAGUUAAAAACUUUUGAAGUUUUGAGUUUUUAUAUGCAUUUGUUUCAUUGUAAGUUGUGCACAAUAAUUAAAAUAUAGAUUACUUAACUUUUGUUUAAUUUUUUAAAGUUUACUUAAUUUUCUGUGGUUUAAAUUUUUGUUUAGAAACUUGACUUGAUGCUCGAUGUAAUUUUAGAUGGAACGUUAUUUCUUAUUGGAGAACAGCUGAGCUUUUGAAUGGACAGCAAAUGAAAAAUGUGACUAAUAAAUGUCUCAGGAAGUGAACUGAUUCUGAUUAUUGAGAUUGUGGCUACCCCUUGUGGAGGAUGUUAUCCGGUCCAGAACCAAACGUUACACGGCAGCAAAACAACUGAUCAUAAAACUCUAUGUAAAAUAUUUGUGUUCAUAAUAGAUCACUUAGAAACCAUUUACCUUUAAUGCCACUGUCUGAAUGUGCUGUCAUCCUCUCAUCCAAAAUAAAUAAAUAUAAAAACAUUUAGAUUUUCAUUAAACUUGCUUUAACCCAACAUUCCUUAUUAACCUAGACAACGAAUACCAGUUUUAUCAUCAUUUCAGUUACUACUCUAUGGCCUCUGGUUCUGUUUAUAAACAUCCAUCCAUCCUCUAUCAGCACUUCUUCUUCCUCAGUAGGGUCAUAUGGAACUGGUGGCUAACCCCAGCAGCCAUUGUGAGCACAUGUCCAUAUGAACAUCGAUCCAGCUUUGUGCCAAGAUACUGACAUCAGCAUAUAUGCAGAUGAUGCUGUUAUCUAUGUACUUGAUAGGAACAUCAGUCAAGCUUCCUCUAGAUUAUCUGCUGUGUGGGAUAAAAUUUACAAAUGGCUACAAGCUUCAUGUAUUUUACUAAACGCAUAAAACAUGAUGGUAUGGACUUUAGUACCAACAAAGUUAAACAUAUGCCUAAUAUUCAUUGUUAAAGGAGAAACAGAAGCACAGUUGAAGUGUUUGAAUGCUGUGAUUGUUUCUCUCACCUACUGUAUCUCCAGGCCCAGCGCCACGAGGGGGCGUUCAGGGGCGUCACCCUCUUAAAUGAACUACACUACCCCCUCAACAAUAUAUUUAAUACAUUUUGAAAUUAUUAUUACUUUCAACGUUUUCAACUAUUUCUAACAAUUCUAUUUUAAACUGAAUGUUACAAUGUGUGUGACCGCUUUGUUUAUAGUGUUUCUUAAUGCAUUGGAAAAUAAACGUUCCUUUAGCGUAUUGCUAGGUUUCACUCGCGUAACUCACGUGACGUCUGCAGCCGCGUGAAACUCAAAUAGGAGAAUAGCGGGAAGUGUUGUGCUCUGCAGCAACACAGAGCUACAACACAGCGUUAUGGAUGAAAGCGAUUUAACUAAGACUUUAAAUGAGCUAGGACAGACGUGAUAUCGUGAAAAAAUACAUCUUCUUUUAGGUAAGCUAGUUUUAAAAGUUGCACUUAUCAUACACUGUGGAAGAUUCACCCAGUGCUGAAGCGAUCGGCAACAAAUUACCUUGUGCUGCCUUCCUCAUAUUACAUUGCAAACCAAACGAAAACCUUUUACAAGUCUGAGGGCCUACAGCUGUUUUAUUUCAGGUUAGUUAACCUUUUAUUGAUCCGUAGAAGCUUUACAUGGUGAUUUCCUGUUGGUCCCAGGCAAAUGAGACCUCAAUCAAGCCUUAAAUAGGUUGAGAAAAAAAAUCACUAUUAUUAUUAUGGUAUUCUUAGUAAAUACAACAUGCUAAGUUUUGACUACCUUCAACAUUCAAACUUUCUUCUUUUUGUUCAUUAUUCUCAGGAUUUGUACUAAUGAUUUUAUUUAUGAAGUAAUCAAGUUGUCUUUUCAGUAAAUGCAUUUUGUGGUAAAUGUUUGUGCAGUAAAUAAUAAACAUUUGGACAAAAGGCAUGUGACACAUCAGACAAGUCCACAGUCAGUAACAACUAGUCACACACAAACAGGGAGGAUUUAGUGUUGCCACUUCACCCAGCAUGCUUGUUUGGGUCUGUGGGAGGAAUGAACCCAGAGAAAACUCACAUGUGCUCAUGGAGAACAUGUAAGCUCCACACAGAAAGGCCGUUGCCAGGAUUUGAACCAGCAACUUCUCACUGUGAGGACACAGUUCUACUAACUGUGCCACCAUGUAACCGUUGUUUAGAAUGAAUGAUAAAUAAUAUCGUAUAAAAACCUAUUUAACUUUUUUAUUGGAAUUUUCUAUUUUAUAUGGAUUUUCUGAGCAACCCCUGAACAAAUGAAUGAAAACAUGUUAAUGUUUGGAUUAUACUUUGAGUCCUGAUGCAUUAAUAAACAUUUGUAUUCUACUUUGGGUCAAGAAUCUACUAAAGUACUAAAAACAAUUUAAAAAGUUUCAAAUUUGAUUUAGAGUAACAGUAAAUUUU